AUGCCAAUAAUUAUAAAUGGCUUUUGGAGCAAAUUGAAUGACAAUGCCUGGCCUAAUAAAAUGAAGGACGAAUUUUUAAAACAUCUCGAUUGCAAUGUAAUAGUUGUGAACUGGACCGAAGGGAGUUGCGAUUUUUAUCAUAACGCACAUAAAAAUACACGUAUCGCUGCGAUUGCAAUUGAAAAAUUUAUUAGAAAUCUGCAGGUAUAAAUAAUAAUAAAUUAUUUAAACAUAAUCUCUCU